AUGUCCGUAUGUAAUGUAGAAGGGCUGGAUAUCAGAAGGAUUCGUGCAUUGGGCGAGCGCAAAACAAAUGGGGAGAGAAGCCGCGAUGCAGGACCGGUAUUGAGUCCCAGAACAAGAGCGACCACAUUGUACAAAAAUGGGAUUGGUCUACUGGAAAGUUUGCAAUUCCCCGCACCCACCUAA